UACGUCACAUGAUUGCGGCUGAACCAACCGGAAGCAGCCGCAUGAGAGCAGCCGGUGAAAAUGUUUACGUUCAGUUUAACUCUCGUACGACAUGGGGAAACUCAGUACAACAGGGACAAGCUGCUGCAAGGUCAAGGUGUGGACACGCCCUUGUCAGAAACAGGUUUGCAGCAGGGUGAGGCGGUGGGACAAUACCUCAAAGACAUCAAAUUCAACAAUGUGUAUGUCAGUAACCUACAACGAGCCGUACAGACAGCUGAAAUAAUUCUGAGAAACAACACUCACUGUUCUGGCACGGAGAUGGUCCUGGAGCCAUUACUCAGAGAGAGGGGUUUUGGUGUUGCUGAAGGACGUCCCAAAGAGGAUCUGAAGAACAUGGCCAACGCUGCUGGGCAGUCAUGUCGUGACUACACUCCUCCAGGAGGCGAGACUCUAGACCAGGUGAAGCUGCGAUUCAAAAAAUUCCUCAAAGUCCUUUUCAAGCAAAUGUUGGAUGAACACGGGCAGUCAGGACCACACGCCUCCGCAGGAGCAUCAGGAGCUGGAGACGCUGUGAACGGACCCGCAGGUGCUGCCUCAGUCAAUGCUUCUGUCGGCUCGGCUGAUGACGGUCUCCAGGGAGUGUCGGUCCACGCUCUGGUCGUGAGCCACGGCGCUUACAUCCGUGUAGCCGUCAAGCACCUCGUAGAGGACUUAAAAAGCGCUCUGCCUGCAGGGGUGAAGAUGUCCCAGCUGUUCUCACCGUGUCCUAACACAGGCAUCAGUCGCUUCGUUUUCACCCUGAGCCAGUCCGAGUCCGGCCCGGUCCUCUCUGCCGCUCGCUGCUUCUUUACCAACAGGAAGGAUCACCUGGAAAACCUCACAGCUGCUGAAUAGUGUGAAAGGGAAGACAGAAGUUUUAUGUAAUGGUACUGUUUGUGUGCACAUGUACUGUAUACAUUCUCUGACGGGAACAAUCAUGAACACUAAAGGGAAAGUAAGAGGCAAAGACCUCAGAGUUACUACAGGGUAACUGAAUAAAGCAAUGCACAUGGUCUUUUAAAUAAUCACAUGGUUUUACUGUGGAUCCAUAGUCAAAAUAAGUGUGCAGUGCUGUAUUAUCAGUGUUUUAUCAUCCUCCAACUGUAUGGCAGUUAGGACUUGUGUCAUACUGCAUAUAUUUUAUCAUUGUUAACAUUAUUGCCUCUUUGAUCAUGUUAUACCAAAGUCAGAACUAUUUAAUGUAUUGUUGGGCACUUAAUAUGUGUGGCAUUUUUAAGUUGAUGUCUCCUUUGUUGCUGCUCAUUUUACUUGUGCAAUACAUCAUGAAAACACUG